UAAAUGUUGUUUAGUCGAGUACCUGUGGAUACGUCCGUCGUACUUACGAGUCACUUUUUUCGGUGUUUCGAUUUUUCUGUCGAUACAGCUAACGUGCGUUUUUUUCUCGAAGUUUUGCUUUCGAUUUCCUUGAGAUUUUGCGAGCUCGUAUAGAAUUGAAUAUUGAUAAUUCGAGUAUUUUUCGUUUACAGUUGUGGAAAAAAUUGAGUAAAGAAUAGCAAACGACACGAGCGAGGCGGCGACGAGAAUUCGUUUCGCGUAAAAUAAUUAUAAUUGAGUAGUUUUUUUUGUCGUGGUGCUUUUUUUUCGGUCAGUGGUGCGUUUGUGUGCGUGUGUUCGUGGAGAAAGCGAACACGACGAAUAUCGGUGAGGAAAGAGGAGAGAGAUUUUCGGUACGGUGAGUUGAUCGUUAAUGAAGUAAAUUGUGCCCGGUACGUACGUAAGCGCGAAGUGCGGUGGACAUUUAUGAAGAGCGAGAAAACAAUGAAUAAUGAUUGUUAGCAAGAUUGUCUCAGCUGUUUGAUGGUGAGAGACGAAGACGGUCGUCGAUAGUCGUACAACAGCGUCGUCGUUGUUUUCGAUUUUUAUUUAUUAUUUAUUUCGAUUUUUUUUUUUUUUUUUUUGCUGUAACUUAAGCAUGAAAUGGUGUAAUAACGAUGCGAUAGCGACUAAAAAUUGUUGCGGUUAUUUUAAUAAUAAAUCGAUGUUGAAAUUGAAAACAAAUAGCCCGCAGCGAAUGAGAACCGGUUCGCGAUACAGUAUUUCGUAUUUGAGUAAACUUUUUCGUAAAUUGAGCGUAAUUAAACGUAAAGACGGAAGCCGUGUAACUACCGUAGUGGCGACUCCAGGCCAAGGACCAGAUGGACCGCUGGAAGUGUCGUAUAUGGAUUCCAAAAUUAUCGGAAACGGUAGUUUUGGAGUCGUAUAUCAAGCUAAAUUAUGCGACACGGGAGAAAUGGUGGCGAUUAAGAAAGUACUGCAAGAUAAACGUUUUAAGAAUAGAGAAUUACAGAUAAUGAGACGACUAGAGCAUUGUAAUAUAGUCAAGUUAAAAUACUUCUUUUAUUCAAGCGGUGAAAAGAAAGACGAAGUAUAUUUGCAUUUAGUCUUGGAAUAUAUUCCGGAAACCGUAUAUAAAGUCUCUAGACACCAUAGCAAAUCUAAACAGGCGAUACCCUCUAGUUUUAUAAAGGUUUAUAUGUACCAGUUAUUCAGAAGUUUAGCGUACAUACAUUCGUUAGGCAUAUGCCACCGAGAUAUAAAACCGCAAAAUUUGUUAGUUGAUCCGGAAUCUGGUGUAUUAAAACUGUGCGAUUUUGGCAGCGCUAAACAUUUAGUUAGAGGAGAACCAAAUGUGUCGUACAUUUGCUCUCGGUAUUAUCGCGCUCCAGAACUCAUCUUCGGUGCCAUCGAUUAUACCACGAAAAUCGAUGUCUGGAGCGCCGGUUGUGUAUUAGCGGAAUUACUAUUAGGUCAGCCAAUAUUUCCAGGAGAUUCCGGCGUCGACCAGCUAGUAGAAAUUAUCAAAGUUCUAGGAACGCCAACAAGGGAACAGAUACGUGAAAUGAAUCCGAACUAUACGGAAUUCAAAUUCCCACAGAUCAAAUCGCAUCCAUGGCAAAAGGUGUUUCGCGCUCGCACACCUUCGGAAGCUAUUGAUUUAGUUUCACGUUUAUUAGAAUACACUCCGUCAUCUCGAAUAUCUCCUCUCGAAGCAUGUGCGCAACCUUUCUUUAAUGAAUUAAGAGAUCCAAAUACGCGGUUACCUAAUGGACGUAAUUUGCCGCCUUUGUUUAAUUUCACCGAACACGAACUAAGCAUUCAACCGUCAUUGAAUAGUUCUCUGUUACCCCGCCAUUUGACAGAAUCUGGAAACGUCGCAGGAAGCUCUGUUGAAUCAAACGCCGAAAGACCGCAACAGGAAAAUAACGCCGUUACGGCCAACGCUUCCUCUUCACAGCAUUCGUCCGACAUGGCGUAAACAACGAUGGCAGUCGUGUAAAAGUUGGCCAGAAAAAUCAGUCAACGGUUCGUAAACAAAAUAAAUAAAGAUAUAUACUGAUAUUAUUAUGUAUUUAAAGUAAAAAAAAAUUAUUUAAAAAAAAAGUUUACAAUUUAUCGAUAAUACGAAUGUUCAUUGGAAAACGGAUAUAAAUUUUCAGGGGUUUAAGUAUACACUGUAGUUUUUCUUUUUCCUUCGUCUUAUAUAAUUUUUCGGUUAUUUUUUUUCCAUUUUGUUAUUUUCGUUUUACUUUACGAACGCAUUCAGAAUGUAUAAUUUCCAAGUAAAAACUUAACGUAAUGUAACGUAACAACGUAAAAUACGAAGUAUUUAAUGCAUAAUACAAUAUACAUUCAUACGUGUAUAUCGAACGCACACAAUCUCACACAGACGACAAACAGACGAAGAAGACAACCGAGACGAAAAUGCAAAAAAAAAAGAGAUGUUUAUGAAAAUAAUAAUUUUUGGAAUGGAAAAUACAUUUAUACUUAUUUAAUAAAAUUGAUCACGAACGUACGUAUUAAUAAUAGUAGAUAAUUUAUUCGUAGAAUAAACUACAUGCAGCCUUAUUACCUACUACACAAUCGGGAGGGAAAUAUACGAGGAAAUUAUUGUAGCUGGUGAUUAUUAAUUUAAUUUAAAGUGUGUAUUUAAUUUUUAACGUGUAUUGACCGACUGACAUUGAAUUGAGUAUUUAGUUAUUGUUGUUGUUUCUUUUCUUCUUGAUUUUUUUUUUUUACAAUUAAUUGAUUGAAUCGAAGUCGAGAAAAUUCGAAUUUCUGAGAAUGAUGGAAAAUUUACAAAAAUGGUUUGGAAUUUUAAAUUUCGAUGAUCGUGUGUUUUAAAUUCGUACGAUCUAUAUUUAUUUUUUAUUUAUUUUAUUUGAGGUUUUCUUACUAAAGGAGAAUAUUAAUUACGUUGGUGAUUAAUCUGCGAUUUUUUUUUUUUUUUUGUUUGUUUUUGAUACAUUUUUUUCCUGAAUCGUGUAAAAUCUAAAUCUUACACGAUGAUCGUAUGGUUUGAAACAAUAAGUCAUCUUUGCAUGUUGAAUCGAAUUUAAAAAUUAAUUUGAAUUAUUUUUACUUUUUUUUAUUAUUAUUUCGUACGUAUUAUGUUCUUUUUUUUUUUUUUUUUUUUUUUUUUUUUUUUUUUUGAAUAGAAUUUACGCUGUACGAGAAUUUGUGUGUAUAAGUAGAUGUGUUUGGCUACGCUUAAAAUGUACAAGUAGUGGUUCCAAAAAAUAAUGCUACGUAUUUUACACUUUUAUAAGGCGUGUCUGUGUUAUGAAUUUAUUUGUUUUUAAUUACUAUAAUAAUUUUUCUCUCUAUAUAUCUUUACUUCUACUACUUCUACUGCUACUACACGGAAAAGAAAUAUAUUCGAGGAUGAUUUUUCCCCUUGUUUUCUUUGUUGGUGAUUUGUCGUUGUCGUUGUCGAUGUCGAAGGUCUAUAUGCGAUCACUACUUGGAAGUUAUCAGUUACCUGAGACCCCCGCCUAUCAUCGUGGUUUUCUAGCGGGGUUAAAUUUUUAAUAGUUAAACGUUUACCGUGUAAUUUUCCUUAUUUUGUUUGUUCUUUUCGUCUUUAGGAGGCACUAAGCCUGAUGAAUUAUUAUUAUUAUUAGAAAUAUGAUUACGUGAUCACACACGCGAACACCACAUCAGCAGCAGAAUUGCUCGGAAAAAUAAAAGGGCUAAAUAAUACAUAUAAUCGCGUAGGUUUAAUUUUAUGUACCUAAACGGUGCUUGGAAUCUACGCGCGUGUGAAGGGGGCAAGAUCGAGUUAUGGACCCUCUUGUUCGAGGGGGGUAAGGGACCAAGUAAUAAUUAAGUCGAAUUCUUCAGAGUCCAUCGAGUUAAAAGGCUCGUUAAUGUCAAUUUUUUAAAUAUCAUUUUUUCCUUUUUUUUUCUCUCGAAUUUAUUCGAGGACAACGAACUUAUCAGAACGAGCGACUAGUACACGAUUACACGAUCGAUUUCGGUAUGAAAGUCGCGCCAGAGAAGUGGAGAUGGUUUAGCUGCGACUUGCGAAUGUGGAUGAGCGAUCAGUAAGAUGUAAAAUUUGAUUCCUCUCGUCUUGCCCCUGCCCUAUUGCGUGUGUUUGUUUAUUCGAAAACGUCAAAACGUUGGAAUUUCAUCGUUGUGUAAAUUUUUUGUAAAUGGCGAAUCGUUUAUGUGAUUUGAUCACAAUUUUAGACGACGUUACCGACUGCGAAUCGCAUUUGACCGGACGUACGAUUACUAAUUUAUUAAUAACGUGUUACCUUAUAUAGCAACGUCCCCAGAGAUCUAUAAAAACUUGAAAUUGACGACCUAAAAUAAUUUAUAUUACUAUAGAAUUGGUAGAUUUUCUCAACAGACUGCAGCAUCCAAAUUGUUCGAAAUUCCUCUCUAUUGGAUGAAGUCUGAAUUUAUAAUUUUUACUCUCGACGAUAUUAUUAUGAUGUUGUGUAAUGAAAAAAAAAAACAACAGAACGUUGAUGUUUUUUUUCUCUUUUCUAGAUUUACCUUUAAAAAUUCACUUUGUAUUAUAUAAGUUGGUUACGUGUUAUUUUAAUUGGCUUAUAGAUUAAAUAUAAUUUUUUUUCUAUUCGAAUCAAGAUCAUAAGAUAUAUUUUAUAUACAACGAAUUACACAAAAUGAAAAAAAAAAAUGGUCGGUAAUGGUUUUCAAAAUUAUCAGAAAGGGUUUUAAUGUCGUCGACGAGACGUUGUUGAUGGGUAGGUGAACUUUUGCCCUUAUGUACUAAAUGAUCUCAUUGAUCUUGAUUUUAUUUUUUUUUUAAAUUUACCCCUUUUUUUCUUCUUCGAAGUGUAAAUUUUCAAAAGUUUUAUUUUUAUCAAUAUCGUAGAAUUUAUGUAAGAACGAUGAUUAUAAAGCUGUAUAGUACAAUUUAAAUUAUUUAUCUGAAUCUUCUACUUGGGGAUACGAGUUAUAGCAACCUGUGUUUCUUUUCAAAGUAUAUAAAACUAUAUUUUUAAUGUAGCGAAUGAAUGUGAAUAUAUAAAUAUAAUAAUUUUACUGUUUUUUUGCCCCUUCUCCUUUUUUUUUUUUUGUAGCAUAUACAAAUUAUGAUAUAUGAGAUUUUCAUUUGUUUAUAUAAAAUUAUUUAUGUAUCACAUUAUUUUCUUAUAUAUUUAUUAUCGUAACAGAUAUUUUUAUUUACGAAAUUCGCGUUAGAUCAAAAUAAAAAUUGAAUUUGAAUUUUGUUUUCUACUAUUUUACGCGUUUUAUAUUGAAAAUAUGAAAAAAAAAACGAUAUAAACGAUUAUCUGUGGUUAGAUGUGUAGAAUAUUUCGCGUAUGUCUCGAAAUCGGUGUAAUUUCGAACUCUUUGUUUUUUUUUUUGUUUAAUUGUUUUAUUUUCUUUUUCUUUUUUUAAAAAAUUGUCAUUUCGCUUGUGUAAUUAUUUUCUCACCUGUAAAGGCUAUUGCGUUUUAUGUUAUCUGUUAACAUUCUGUCUGAAAUAAUGUCAUUGUAUUGCACUUUCGCAAAUUUUUUCGUUUUGUAACACAUUAUUGUACAAUAGAGUAUAACUUAUUUUAAUAAAUCUUUAGUUAUUGAUGCGUA